ACAAGUUGAAAGGUGAUGUGUUGUUAAAUCUCUCAUGUCAAAAUGUCGGGUCACGAUCAGCUGGUCCACUGUUUGUGUGAAUUAACGAGGUUGCUGUGGAAGUUGCUGCUGCCCCUGGUGUUCCUGUGUGUGUUGCUGAUCGCUGUCCUGGUCCUGUUGGUGCUGGCGGUGCGUUUCUGGCUACAGAGCAACAGGAACGCCCGGCGGGCGAGAGAUGGCCGCCCCACGGUGGCCUUCUUCCACCCUUACUGUAAUGCCGGUGGUGGGGGAGAGAGGGUGCUCUGGUGUGCCAUCAGGGCACUACAGAACAGGUACACAGACAUCAACUUCGUGGUGUACACGGGGGACCUGGGUGUGACGGGCCAGCAGAUUCUGGACGGGGCGCGGCGGCGUUUCAACAUUGUGCUCCCGCGGCCGGUUCACUUCGUGUUCCUGAGGCACCGGCUGCUCGUGGAGCCCAGCCUGUUUCCUCACUUCACCCUGCUGGGACAGAGCGUGGGCUCCAUCUUUCUGGGAUGGGAGGCGCUGACAGAGUUUGUCCCAGACCUUUACAUCGACUCCAUGGGCUACGCCUUCACUCUGCCCCUGUUCCGGUACUUGGGAGGCUGUAGCGUGGGGAGCUAUGUUCACUACCCCACCAUCAGCACUGACAUGCUGUCUGUAGUCAGAGAGAGGAACCCCAGGUUCAACAACCCAGACUACGUCUCCAACAGUCUGUUCCUGAGUGCCUUCAAGGUGGUCUACUACUGCCUGUUCGCCCUGCUGUACGGCAUGGCCGGCUCCUGCAGCGACCUCAUCAUGGUCAACUCCUCCUGGACCCUCGAUCAUAUCCUGUCACUGUGGCGCGCUCCCAACCGCACCAGUGUGGUCUACCCGCCCUGCGACGUCAGCGCCUUCUUGGACAUCCCGCUGGAAGACGAUGGGGCCAAGAAGUGCCACUCGAUCGUCUCCAUCGGGCAGUUCAGGCCUGAGAAGGACCACCGGCUGCAGAUCAGAGCUUUCAAGAAGCUGUUGGACAGGAGGAGGGCCGGUGCUGGGGGCAGGGAGGCAGUGAAACUGGUUCUGAUUGGUGGAUGCAGGAACCAGGAGGAUGAGGAUAGGGUGCUCAUGUUGAGGGGGCUGUGCCAGGAGCUGGGCGUAGCUGACAAAGUGGAGUUUAAACUGAACAUACCCUUUGAGGAGCUGAAGAGAGAGAUGGGGGAAGCCACCAUCGGACUUCAUACCAUGUGGAACGAACACUUUGGAAUAGGUGUUGUGGAGUGCAUGGCAGCAGGGAAGGUCAUUCUGGCCCACAAGUCUGGGGGCCCCAAGCUGGACAUCGUGGUACCUUUCGAGGGGGGCCAGACCGGCUUCCUGGCUGACGAUGAGGACAGUUACGCGGAGGCGAUAGAGAGGAUUCUGGCUCUGCCUUCUGCCAGCCGGCUGCAGCUCAGGAGCAACGCCCGUCAGUCAGUGGCUCGCUUCUCAGAUCAGGAGUUUGACGCUUGCUUCCUCGCUGCCAUGGAGCCUCUGAUGGGAACAAUCGAACGAUGAGGCGAGGAGUCGUUCUUCACCUGCUGUUUGUCCGUGCAUAGUUAACAUGAUAUUUGACACAUUUCCUUUGAUGCACUUAGGGCUGCAUUUACACUGGACUACUGACGAAAUCUGAUCAGAACUGAUGCAGAGAUCCCUCACAUGCUCACACAGAGGGGCUGUUAAAGUGGCCAACACAUGCUGAGCAUACAUUAGAUCCAGAAAAACUGAAAGCUCACAGUUCCCAAAAAUAUAUUAUGACCACAAACAAGUAAAGAAUAAAAAAAACAAAAAAAACAUUCCCUGUUU